CAUGUCUUAGGCAUAGUUGAUAGUCUUCUAAGCCAUAUAGCCGCUUUAUCGCCAAAAAAAAGGCCAUAUAACUGCUUUAUCCUCCCCUGCUGCCAGACUUUGGCCACCUUCUUCGGGAGGCUUUGGAUCAAACGCUCCGUUGGAAAUGGCGCUCGGGGAUUUCAAUAAAGAAAAGUCUUUGGGGAUUUCAAUAAAGAUAAGUUUUAAGUUUUUGCUGCAGUUGAGCGUACUCUGAACGCCACUUGGUUCAAAUCCAAAAGAUUUUUGCUGGAAGAAGCUGUCUGAAGCCACAGGAGAUGGCUUCAUGGAAGUUCGUUUCUCUUUAUUCGAAUCUUUUUGCAAUUUGUGGGCGCCUAUGGUGAUAGUUGUUGGAGUUGUUCCGCAAAUUGAGCUGCCUUGAUUGGUUGUAUCAGGUGUUAAUGAACGAUUUUUUUUUUUUUUUGAGGAACAAGUAUCUAGGAGUCAGAAAAAUUUUUUGUUUGGGUUUCUGUUACCGCUUGUUUGAAUUCUCAAAAGCUUCCAAGUUUUGGUUCCGACUGGUUUUGAUUUCGUUUCUUAAUCUUAGCUAGGAGAUUGGUCACUAAAAUGAUACUGGAUUUCACUUGGUUGGUGGUUGGAAUGGACAAGGAGCAAUUUUGUUGCAAAAUGGCUCAAAUAUAGAAUUAUAAAAUUCCGUGCUUUGGAGAAAAAAGGAAAAAAACGAUGACUUUUAUCAGUCUCUGUUCUUCAAGGUGUGACUAGAAUGCGAUCUUAUAGAUAAUUCUGAGAAGUGGGUCUAAAAAUUUUCGCAUCAAAGUUUUAAGCCUCUUCUUUAUGGUCCCCCCUUAGCUCAAGUGUCCAUCUGAGUGUGUCGUCUUGUUCAAUCCAUCAUGCCGCUCUCUGAGUUCCAUCAGACAAGAAAAGUUGAUACUAGCCAAUCCAAGAUGACCAAUUGCUCAUCUGAUCUGCCUUCUUUUAUGCCCGACAGUGAAUUCGUCGAACUGCUGUGGGAGAAUGGUCAGAUCGUGAUGCAUGGCCAGUCCAACAGGCCUAGGAAGAGCUUCUUCUCCACCACCUUCUCUAGAGCUCAGGAGAAGGAUAGCAGAGAUGCCGUUAUCUCGAAGACCGGACAGAUCGAAGCUAUGGAUCCAUUGGUGAAUGAUUUCUCUCCCACCGAGGCCUCGGGUAAUGCAGGUUUGAAUGCUCAGGAUGAUGAUACCGUCCCCUGGAUUAAUUACUCGAUCGAGGAUUCUCUUCAAAACGAUUACUGCCAAGAUUACAUGCUGGAAUUCCCAGGGGCGAGCCUGAAUUCUGUGUCUACUCAUACCGAAACCGUGCUCGCGGAUAGAAGCCAUGGUUUCACUCAGACUUCCGCAAAGAGUUCACGUAACGUGGAACAUGGGCGCACUUGUGAACAACUUGCAGGAGGCUCGGAUCCUAGCCGGAUUAAGUGCAGCCAGUUGUUUCAGUUGUCGCCGGAACGGCGGAGUUCGGCCCCGAGUAUGAAGUCGAGGGCGACAGAGUUGAGCACCAGAGCAACCAGUAGUACGCACCAUGGUCUGGCUGGGUAUUUGCUGAGCUCGAGGCUGGAAAAGCAAGGUCUUGCUAGUUCUACGUUGUCACAGUCAAGCGGUAGCAUUGGUUUGACGAACUUCUCUCAUUUCUCCGGACCUGCUGCACUGGCCAAAGCCAACCUCCUGAGUCUCGAUAGGUUGAGAAACAAUGAGAAAGCUUCCACCACCACCAGUAGCAACCCGAUGGAGUCCACCAGUGGUUUCUUAGCAACUCCAGGGUUGGCUUCAGCGGCACCCAAAGUAGAGCGGAGAUCAACUACAAAGCCUCAACAGGAAAGGGUCUCGGUCGAGAAGCCAGAUGCCGAUCAUGACGGCAAUGUGCAUAACAAUAAUAGCAUAGUGCCCGACUGCGUUAAGCGUCAGCUCUCAGGAAGGAAUGAGACCGAAAAGGGUCCUGAAGCAGCUGUAGCAUCUUCUUCUGUGUGUUCGGGCAACGGUGCUGGGGCAGCAUCUAAUGAUCCUAAACACAGAGCGAAAAGGAAAAAUUAUGAAGGAGAAGAAUCCGGUAAUCAGAGCGAAGAUCAUGAGGAUGAGUCUAUGGGCCUAAAGAAGUCUGCUACUGUGCGAGGCACAAGCACAAAGCGAAGCCGUGCUGCAGAAGUGCAUAAUUUGUCAGAAAGAAGGCGAAGGGAUAGGAUUAACGAGAAAAUGCGUGCACUUCAAGAGCUCAUACCCAACUGCAAUAAGGUGGACAAGGCUUCAAUGCUCGACGAGGCCAUCGAGUAUCUUAAAUCUCUCCAGCUUCAAGUCCAGUUCUUGACGCAGAUCAUGUCAAUGGGAAGUGGGUCAUGCAUGCUCCCCUUGAUUCCACCGGCUGGUAUUCAACAGCACAUGCGCAUGCCUCCCAUGGCACAUUUAUCACAGAUGGGUGUAGGCAUGGGAAUGGGCAUGAGAUUAGGUUAUGGUAUGGGGAUGCUAGACAUGAAUGGUUCUGCAAGUUGCCCUCUACUUCCGCUUCCUCCCAUGCAUGGACCACAGUUUCCUUUCCCCUCAAUUCCUGGAACCCAGGGUCUGCAUGGGAUGCCCGGUUCCACCGGUCUUCCAAUGUUUGGAAUUCCGGGGCAGGGGCUUCCGGCAUCAAUGCCUCACAUUCCACCACUUGGUUCUCCGUCAGGCCUUUCUGCCACACCGGACUCGAUGCCUGGCUCAGCAGGGAUGACUAAUAAUCCAUUACCAGUAACAGAUACAUCUCCCUCAUCAACUUCCAAGGAUCAACAUCACCGAAGCCUAGACUUGAAAAAAUACAGAAAACAAGAACCGACGACGCGCAGAUUAAGAAUUCUACUCAGGAAGCAAAAGAAUCAGUCAAAAAGUCUGCCUUGGUGCAAAUGAGUAAUCAGACAUUGCAUGCUACCGGGAAUGGAGUCCAGGCCAAAAAGGGAGUCCACCCACCAGCACAACUGGUGAGUGGGACACAUGACAUGGUUGGACGAUCGAUUCAUGCUGAAAUUGGGUUGUAUUCUGAAAGGACUUGUACUUAUGCAGGCGACGGUUGAUUCAUUUCAGGCACUGGCUGAUUGAGAAAGGCCUUGCAUAAUUUGGCAGAAGCCAUCCACUUGACACAUAAGAUCCUUAGAACUUUCAAGUAGCCAUCCGUUCUCCCAGAGCUUUCCGGGCAGCAUUCAUGGUCUGCCCUUUGUAUAUCGAGAGUAGCGGGAUCCUCCGUGCAGUUUCUGUAAAUUGGAGAGAAGAUGAGGUUUCAGGGAGUGUAGAAAGAAAGGUGUGUUGUGCACCUCUGUAAUUAAGCAUUUCUAUUCGUUAAUGUAGCAGUGGCUCCUUCUAGCAUGAUUCUUGUUCAAGUUGGAAGACCUUUUGCUUGUGAUAGAUUUGUUCUGACAUGCAUUAUUUACUGUUUUGGGCCUCCAUUGCGUGCCAUCUCUUCAUACUAUAGUCAAAAAGUAUUGCCCAGCUACUUUCAUAGAUUAGUAGCUAAUGAAACAGCAACUGCGUACCAUAACGUGAUUGCAGCAUCGAAACAGU